CUAGCCCAUCGUGGCUACAUCCUCCAGAACUAUCCCGAAGAUGUCUUGAUGCCUGGUGAAAAAUGCGCCACUCUCACAAAGAGCAAGGGGAUACAUGAUCUCUCACUUCAUGAGCGCCAAGUCUUUGCGGAUGCCCUCAAAAAUGACUUACUUACCGUCAAAACCAUCACCAAACAAGGUGCCCUUGCACAUCUCAUGGCCUCCCGCAGCCUUGUCAUCAUUGAGGAAGUGCCUGCGCCUCAUUCAGCCUACACCCGUGGGUGGCGCUGGUAUGCUAAUGGUCGGUUUGAUCGACAAGGUCUUCCUCGC